AAUGCUGAUUAAAUAAUUGUAGGAAAUAUUGCAGUAAGUUAAUUAUCUUUUAUAUAAUAAUUAUAUUGAAUGAUUUUAUCGUAAUAUACUUUCUGGAUAGUAUAGGUAAAGUGUAAAGGUAAAGACGUAAAAUGACAUUGUAGCACACAAUGAAAUUGAUAUCGAUUGAAUUCACAAAAAAUAAGAACUAUAAUAAAGUUCGAAGCAGCAAUACCUCCUAUGUAUCAUUAUAUAAGUUUUUCGAGAAAGAUAGGUCGCGGAGGGUAGCUGGAAAUUAAUGCAUGUGUAAUGCUUUCUUGAAAAUUGAUCGUCUCGUAGUUUUGAGAAGUUCUUUCGCAUGCGCUAUAUGUGCAUGUGCCAAGUAGGAGGUGACUUCGCUUUGUGAAAAUAAGAAACUCGUCAGUCUUUAGAUGACACUCGUCAUGGAUACUUCGGAAAGGUCGGGAUAUCGAGAUUUCGAAUGGGCGGUGAAGCUAAAUCGUUUUAGUUUAAAACUAAUCGGACUGUGGCCUAUGACUGAGUACCAUAUUCCAGAAAAUAUAAUAUAUAAAUGUCGGCCUUUGAUUAUUAUUUUAAUAAUAACAUUCGGCAUUCUGAUACCUUCGAUACAUUCCUUGAUAAGAAUCCGUUCUAAUAUCAUGCUAUUGAUAGAUAACUUGCAAUAUACUCUGCCGAUUAUCACCUGUAUCAUUAGAGUCGUAGUUUUCUGGUGGAAGAAAAAAGCUGUUACAUCGGUGUUAAAUAUGGUAGCAGAGGACUGGCUAAAGGUAAAAAGCACACAGGAGCGCAGUACGAUGAUCGGAAAGGCACAAACUGCGCGUAUAAUUAUCACAUGCGCAUAUGGCGCAAUGAUGAUAGCGUUUAUUUUCACCGCCGUCUUACCCAUCUUCGGAAUUUCGACAAGAUAUCUGACGAAUACCAGCGACCCGUUGCUACCAUUGCAGACGUAUCAUUUCUAUGACGUGACAAAGAGUCCGCAAUACGAAUUCACGUUCAUUCUACAAAUUAUCAGUAUGGUUUUUGGUAUUAUGUCUUAUACUGGCAUCGAUAAUUUGCUUGGACUACUAGUGUUUCAUAUCAGCGGCCAAUUCGACAUUCUCAGACAUCGUAUUAUGCACAUAAAUGAUUAUAUUGAUUUCCACGAUAUUUUAAGGAGCAGUGUGAUAGAUCAUAUACGCCUACUGAGAGCCAUUGCCAUUAUAGAAGACAUAUUUAAUAUAAUACUUCUUGCAUUAUUUAUAUACUUUGGUAUACUUUUUGCCUGUUAUGGAUUUCUGAUAAUUAACUUAAUAGAAAAAGGAAAUGAUAUAUCAGUUACCCGGUUCAUAUAUCAAGUAUGCGCCCUUAUCACCAUGUUUGGUCAUAUGUGUGUCUAUUGUGUAGUGGGAGAGAUUUUAAUAGCACAAUGCGAACAAAUUCACUAUACAGUGUACAAGUACAAAUGGUACACUCUAGAACCAAGAGACAUAAAAGGCUUACUCUUCUUGAUGGUAAGGAGCAGUAAACCGAUUUAUCUCACCGCUGGGAAAAUAUUUCCCAUGACAAUGUCUACGUUUUGCAGUCUAAUAAAAACUUCGGCCAGUUACAUAUCCGUCUUGCUUACAACGAAAACCUAAUCGAAAAUGAUUGUUCCCGAUAUAUUAAUGCUGAUAACUUAAUUAUGUAAUCAGCAAUUGAAGAAUUACGUAGUUAAAUAAUAAUUUACGGAAUUUUUUUAUAAAUAGUUAAAUUAGUUACUUAUAAUAGUUCAUUAUAUCUUGCAAAUAAAUAGUUAGUAAUAUUAAUGCAAAUUUAAUAAAUUGCAUAUAAUCUAUA